UUGUACUGAAAAAGUCUUUUGGUAGUUUGGGGCAUGUACAUUCCAUAUUUCCAAUUAGCAAGUUCAUUCUACGAGCAUCAUUAACAUACCAUAAUUCAUUAUAUUAAAUGAAACUGUUUCUAUAUAGGGUUGUGCAGCGAAUAGAGGUUUGGUCAAUGGAGACCGUUUAAACUUUUAUGGGCAUUCAAUGUGAUUUAGCUGCCUGCCAUUUAUGUGUUUGAGUUAUGCAUCUGCUUUAUAAGCCCCUCUAAUUUUGCAGGCCAACUUUUACUUUGUCCCUUUCUUUAAUCUUCUUGGAGAUGCAGAUUGUAUAAUUUCAAUUUUUCUUUUUUGUACAGUCUUCUAGAUUUUAUGUUCUUGAUGCUCUCUCCAAGUGUUUGCAUAUGCUGCUGCAAGGUCUGAAAGACAGGUGAUCAUCAUUUGUUUAUCAUAUUUAUGCAGUUAGCAAUCGGGAAACUUUAGAGAAUAGAUGAGCAACGAAUUUUCUGAUUUGGUAGUACACAAUAUGCGGAAAAGCCGAAGCAUGGAGAAGAAUAAAUUGAAAGUCGAGGAUAUUGAGUCAUUUAAGAGAAGUUGUUAUAAUGUUGUAGAAGAGAGUGAUGAUGAAUCAGAAGCAAAUGGAGAUAGAAUGAGUUGGUAUUCGUCGAAGAGUUCGAUCGAAGACGAGUUACCUGAGCUUGUUGUUUUCCUACAAGAAACCAACUAUGAAUUUGUAAAAGACAUUUGCAUUGAUGAAUCGGCAACUUCACGUGGAAAGUGGUUCGAGGAGAAUUGCGACACAGAAAAUGGCUAUGUCCACCGUAUGCUCAACCGUGAUACAUUAGAAAGCGAUGAUGAAUCAACUGAAGAAUCCGAGGAUUUGGAGUCGUCAAUUUCGAGUACUGAAUCAACACAGACGCUUGAUGAGAAACAAAAGGCUCAUUCUGAUGCACUAGAUGAAAUUCCUUCUGAAGUUCCCCCCCAUAAGAAAUCUGUGCCAAAAUUAUUUCUUGAUAGAAAGGUUACAGGUAGAAAGGGAGCAGCAGGUUCUACAAACUCUAUAGCAAUAUCAUUGACUAAGAUACUUGAUGAAAACAAACACAAAGGCAAAGGAGUUACCAGAAGCAACAUUGAACAUGGCAGCAUUCGCAACUCCGGUUUAUCACAAAGCAGUAACUGGACGGCAGGUUGUGGUCGUUGUUGUGACUGUGGAAGCACAUCCAUGACUGAGGACUAUACACAAGAAAAUGAAAGGGGAUUAUACAGUAGCCAUUGUGGCUUUGUUUAUCAGAGAGAAGAUGGUUCCUCUGCAGUUGAUCCUACAAGGCCUUCAUUGACAUCUUAUUUGGGCAGCGCAUCACUUCGAUCCAAUGGCAGCACCAACAGCUCACAUUCUUUUGCUUUUCCAAUUUUACCAACAGAAUGGAAUGGAAGUCCAGAAAGAAUGGUGAAAGCUGAUCCCUUGCAAACACGAAGGCGGCAACUAUGGAGGCUAUGUUUUCCCUGCUGUAACUUCUGAGCAAUCUUAUUGCUCAACCUGUCACUGCUCUUGAUUGUCGUUUUCACUCAGAUUCCAUAUCAUUUUGUAUAAGAUAUGUAGAACUGCACUGAGCCCAAAAGUUUUUAGUUUAUA